ACGCAAUCUAUGAUGCCAAGUUCUCUAUACGUUGCGUUAAAUAAUUAACUAACAAAAAAUAGUUUAAUGUCAACUGUAAAAUCUGCUGAUCCGUGUAAGAUUUUUGCUUGUAAGUUGCAAACAUGUUUGAAAAAUAAUGUUUAUCAGCCGUCAAAGUGUGAAGAUGUGAUUGAAGAGUUAAGGAAAUGCUGCAUAAAACAUUCGUCCAUUUCUCUUGUUUGUGAAGGAAUUGAUACUUCCAAACCAUAUGAACACAACACGGUGGAUUAUAAAGAGACUUUAAAGUAAAUUAUGAAAACGAAUCAAAGAAGACCAAUAUUGAAGGAACAAGGAAUAAUAUAUCGUUAUC